GCGCGCAGUCCCGACAGCCCGCGAGAGCCCGCUGAGGCGAGCGGUGGAGUGCUGAGGCGCUGGACGAACUGAGUGGAUGGAGCCGCUCAAAGUGGAAAAGUUCACGACCGCGGACAGGGGAAACGGGCUGCGCGCCGUGGCGCAGCUGCGUCCCGGAGAGCUGCUCUUCCGCUCGGAUCCCUUGGCGUACACGGUUUGCAAGGGGAGUCGCGGCGUCGUCUGCGAUCACUGCCUCAUCGGGAAGGAAAAGCUGAUGAGAUGUUCUCAAUGCCGAGUUGCCAAAUACUGUAGUGCUAAGUGUCAGAAAAAAGCUUGGCAGGACCACAAGCGGGAAUGCAAAUGUCUUAAAAGUUGUAAACCCCGAUAUCCUCCAGACUCAGUGAGACUUCUUGGCAGAGUUGUCAUCAGGCUUAUGGAAGAAACACCUUCUGAAUCAGAGAAGCUUUAUUCAUUUAAUGAUCUGGAAUCAAAUAUUAAUAAACUGACCGAAGAUAAGAAAGAAGGCCUCAGGCAACUUGCAGUGACAUUUCAGCAUUUUAUGAAAGAAGAAAUACAGGAUGCUUCUCACCUGCCACCUUCUUUUGACAUUUUUGAAGCCUUUGCAAAAGUAAGUGUUAAAUUUCAUCUCUUUGCUGUUCGCGUUUAA